CCCUCUAAGCCUGUCUGUUUCUCGUAAGUACUUUCUGAUUCAGGAGGGGAAAACAUGGAGUGAUGCUCAAGCUUACUGCAAAGCCAACUACCAUGACCUGGCUAUUAUACAAAAUAAAGACGACGUGGUCCAAAUUCAGAAUGAAAUUCGGGGAAAACAGUUCAAAUCCAGUGCUUGGAUUGGACUGUACAUGGACAUCAGCUGGAGCUGGUCUCUUGGAAAUGUGCCACUGGGUAGUUUUAUAGCCUGGAGUUUUCCCCCACCUGACUAUGAUUGUGCAGUGAUAUACCCUAGAGGGUGGAUAGAUACUCCAUGCAGUGCUCGAUUCCCCGUUGUGUGUUUUGAUGAAACUAAAACUGGUAAUGGGAGGUAUAUUUUUGUGCCUGCCACUAUGGUAUGGCUUGAUGCUCAGAAAUACUGCAGACAGCAUUACACAGAUCUGGCCAGUUCUAGAGAUGCAACAGAAAACUCAGUUAUAAUGAAUCUGGUACCAGACUGGACAUGGUUUGGUUUGUUUCGAAACAGCUGGAAGUGGAUAGACAAAACUGUAUUCUCUACGUGGAAGUCUGGAAAUCCUAAUAAUGCCUUGAAGGAUAAAAACUGUGGUUAUUUAAAUAACAGUCUGGCUGAUAAUGGAUUGUGCACAAACAUAAUGCCUUUCAUCUGUUACGUAGAACCACAAUUAAAAAAACAACAAACCAUAAAGAUAAAAAUCCAGUCCAAUCAGGAUCCACAUGAUCCUGCUCUGAAAGUGGCUAUUUUGGAGCAGAUCGAGCAAAAACUGAAGAAUCAAGGGUUGUUCAAGAACAUCACUGUGAAAUUUCGAGAGCAACCAGAUGGAAAGUUUUUUUACAUGAUAAACUAAAACUAAAAGAGGGAGGUG